GUGUGACAUCUUUUUUUUCGGUUAUCGCAGCUAAAGCGUGAAAAGGGGAAGUGAUGUUGGUUUCUUAAAGACUUGACUGGAAUAGGUAAUUCGUGAAGUACACGAAGAGAAAAGUUGAUUACAUAUAUAACAGUUUAUCAUGGAGUCCUUGGAAACACGAGGGCAACCGCCACGUAGGCAUGAUCCGGUGUUUUGAAAAUUUAGAUGCUCAAAGGCCAUUGAAUUUACUUUGGUUCCUGUGAACUACUCUACCCCUUAAUUUCAACAUGAGAGUGCAUACAAGAAGCGUUCUUCUGGUCGGCAUUCUCUGUUCCGUACUGUUUAUCUUCUCUUUGGAACUGUGGCCGCCUCUUUUCAGUGACGACGAAACUGAAGUGAAUUCUAAUUCCCCUUUGGUCGACAGUGAUGUUUCCGAAAUUCGUUUGAAGAUUGGAUCGCCGGUUCCCGAUGAACGAGAUUCAAAGUGUUUAAUGCACAACUGUUUUGACAUUUUUCGAUGUAAAGUCAACGAAAACAAACUGAUAUCCGUCUACGUAUAUCCAGACACUCGGUUCUUGGACGAGGAAGGAAAAACAAUAAACAAACCAAUGUCGCAAGAAUUCUAUGAACUGCUGACAACUAUUGCGGAGAGUAAAUACUAUACUCCCGAUAUCGGAAAGGCUUGCAUUAUAGUUCCUUCAAUUGAUACUUUAAAUCAGAAAGGCCUCGAUCUUAGAUGGACGGCCAGAAGUCUUGCAGAGUUACCCAGUUGGAGUGAUGGUGGAAAAAAUCAUUUGUUAUUUAACAUGCUGCCUGGUGGUGCACCUGAGUACAAUUCAACGCUAGAUGUUGCUACUGAUAAAGCUAUCUUGGCUGGAGGGGGUUUUGCAACUUGGAGUUACAGGACAGGAUAUGAUGUUAGCAUUCCUGUGUUUAAUCCGCUCACAAAUAAAAAGGUUGUCCUGCCACAGAAAAGGGCAAGUGAUUGGUUGUUUUUGUCAUCCCAAGCAAAUAUGAACCAUCUCUUCAGAAGACAGCUGGAAGAGAUUGAAAGGGAUAAUUCAGGCUUCUUGAUCCUAAAACGCUGCCCUGAUGAUCCUAACAAUGUGUACAAGAGAUGCAAAGGCUCAGAGACUUAUCAGUAUCCAGAAAUUUUGCAACAUGCUACCUUCUGUCUGGUUAUUCGAGGGGUCAGAUUGGGUCAAACAACUCUGCUGGAUGCUUUGAUGAUGGGCUGCAUUCCAGUGGUCAUAAGUGAUGACUACAUUUUACCUUUCUCUAGUGUGUUAGAUUGGAAAAGGGGAGCAGUUCAUGUGGUGGAGAAAGAGAUCAAUCGCAUCCCUGCCAUUUUAAGAGAGAUAUCAUCAAGUCAAAUUAAAGACAUGAGAAGACAGGGUAAAUGGUUUUGGGAGAGGUAUUUUAGCUCCAUGGGCAAGAUUGCUCUUACAACUAUGAAAAUUCUGAAUGACAGAGUGUUCCGCUACACGGCUUGGCAGUAUGAGGACUGGAAUGUCCCUUUUGAGACUUCCUCAGGGAAGGAAACGGCAACCUUUCUUCUUCCACUGUUUUUCCCGCUACGCCCGUACACAAAUCAAGGAUUUACCGCAGUGGUGCUGUGUUAUGACAGAGUAGAUACCAUGUUUAAAGUUAUCACAAGAAUCGCUGACACCCCCAGUUUGACAAAGAUUGUAGUUGUUUGGAACAAUGUCAAAAAGGCUCCUCCCUCUGCUGCCAAGUGGCCUCAAUUAUCAAAACCAGUAAAAGUCGUCAAGACGAAAGAAAACAAACUUAGCAACAGGUUUUUCCCAUACAAAGAGGUUGAAACAGAAGCGAUUCUUGCCAUCGAUGACGACAUUCUAAUGCUGACGCCGGAUGAACUGGAAUUUGGUUUUCAAACUUGGAGAGAGUUUCCUGACCGUCUUGUGGGAUUCCCUGGUCGUGUUCACACCACUCAAAACGGCACAAAUCGGUUCAAGUAUGAAUCAGAAUGGACAAACACUGUAUCCAUGGUACUCACUGGCUGUGCUUUUCAUCAUAAGUACUUUAGCCAUCUAUUCACCUACAUGAUGCCUGUCUAUAUACGAGACUGGGUUGACCAACACAUGAAUUGUGAAGACAUUGCCAUGAACUUCAUGGUCUCCAACUACACUGGCAAGGCACCGAUUAAGGUAACCCGUAGAAAGCGUUUCCGCUGUCCGGAAUGUGUGACUGAAUCAUUGUGGGCCGAUCCGAGCCAUUUCGUGGAGCGAUCAGAAUGUUUGAACGAGUUUGUCCGAGCUUAUGGUCAAAUGCCGCUUCAGACGGUCGAGUUCAGAGCUGACCCGCUGCUGUUUGGCGAGAAACUUCCCACUAAAUUAAAACUAUUUAACGAUGUUGGAAGCAUUUAGGAGGAUUGAAGUUAAAAAAUAUGAAUGUAUUUUGGUAAUCAAGAGUAAGCAGGUAAUGCAUAUUCUUUUGUCGAUCCAGGGACUAUGGUAAAUUAUUGUAAGAUAAAGUCUAAACUUUAAUAGAACAUGGAAAGAGAGAGAAGAUAGGAGAGAAGUUAGUAUAAAAAUGGAAGGAAAAGGCGGGCUAGUCCGUGUGCACUUCCUUGUAAUC